GUAUUGUAUUUAUCGUGGUUAUAGAGUCCAUGGAUUUGCCCCCGAGAACCAAUUACGUCGUUCAUGGUCUAAAACCUUCACGAAAUCCAUCAGUAAAAAUUGUGCGGGUAGUCGUUCUUGAAGGUGUUGAAUUGGCCAAGAAGGACAUUUUUGGGCUGAGUGAUCCUUACUGUAAAAUAAAACUGUUUAGGGGAGACAGGGAAUAUGGAGAAAUAGAUGCUGUUUGUACUGAAACUAUAAAAAAGAGUUUGCAUCCAGUCUGGAACCAAGAAUUUCUCUUUCGGGUAAGGACAUUUUUAGGAAAUAGCAAAUGUUCCCUUGGCUUGACUAGUUAAUUGUUGAAUUAAUUUCAAACCAUAAACAAAGACAAACCACAGUCUUCACAGUGAACAUUGGACAAUGAUGUAUUAGCAAUAACAAUUUAUUACUAACCACUACUACU